AUGGGAAAGAAUAAUAGUGUCCUAACAACUUAGGCAUCAAGACAAAAUACAUUAAGCAAUAAUUAAAUGACAGAAUAAUAGUAUAGUACAAGUAAUGACUAGCAACUAUCAUAUAUAGAAGAUGAACUAGACUCAUGCUUUCAAAGCUAAGAUUAAUUAAGGCAAUCUCAUUAAAAUAUUAAUUCAUACAACCAAAAAUCUUUAGAUGGUGUAGGAAAUAAUAAUAAAAUUUAAAACAAAUUUUUUUCAGGUUCUUCAUAAGAAAGAUAAAAUAAUUGUAAAAUUGCAUCUUCAAACUCUCAAGCUAAUUCUCUUAAAAAAUUGAAUUAACCAGUGCAGCCUUGCCAAAGCUAGCAGUAAAAUAGCAAAUAAGUUAGAAAUAACUGCUACUAUAAACUAAAUAGUUAGUAGAUGUUAUAAAAAUCAUCAAGUAAUUAAAUGCCACUAAAGAAUACUAAAAAUGAAUGUCAGACAGCAGACAAGAGAUAAUAAAGAAGCAAUUCAAUCUUCAGUAAUAGAAACCAAUAGAAUUAGUUAUAAAGUUAAUAAUAAUAAAGUAGAUUAGUGAGAUCCAGUAGUUCUAACAUAAAUUAACUAAGUAGCAAUAUUGAUGAUAAUAACAAUUCUUCUAAUUAAUAUAUGCAGUAGAAAAAUAGUAACGAAAAAGGUACAUUUUUGAAUAAAAAUAAAGAAUUUUAUAUUCAAAAUAAUGCUACUGAUGAAGAUUCAAGUUUAUAUAAUAACAAAUUACAGCUUGAUAUCAUUGAAAACAUUUUAAAUAAAGAAGAGUAAUAUUAAAACUGGAGAGAUGAAAAUAUUUAAUUAAAAGAGGCAGUAAAAAAUUUGAUAAACGAGCUUAACGGAUAUAAAAAAAAGUGUAUAAAUCUUGAAACAUAUAGCAGCCAGCUAGAAUAAAGUAUUUCUUAAAGCAAGCAUAAUUAUCAAGUGGAGCUAAUUAAGUUUUCAGAUUAAAUUUAAAAAUUUAAAAAUAUAUAAUUAUUAUACUAAAACGAAAAAUAAAUGUGCGAAAAGAUGGAAAAAGAGUUAAUUUUAAAAGAUUAAGAGCUUGCUGAUACUAAAUAAUAUUUGAAAAAUUCUAUCUUAUUCCUAUUAGAAUAGAGAGAUUCUAUUUUCUAAAAUAACAAUAUAAAAGAUUCAUAGUAAAAUGAUAGUUUUUCAUUUGAAGAGAAGUCAGAGGGACUAAAUAAUUUUAAGAGUUUAUUACUCGGCUAGUUCGACAAAUAUAUCAAUUCUAUGUCAUAGGUUAUUAAUGAAUUAAAAAUAACAUAUUCUUCCAAAUUAAAUAAAUCAUUUAAUGAGAUGCCAAGAUAAAUUACUGAUUUUAAUUAAGUUCCGCAAUAAGUUAAUAAAAUCUUCAAACAUAAAGAAAGUUAAAUUAAAAAUAACAAAUAAACUUCUUUAUCUUAAGGAAAAUAUUCUAUUACAACAUAAAAUUAAAAUUUUGUAGGUAUCAAUACUAAUAUUAAUAAAUAAAUGAAUUAAAAAGUUGAAACAAAAAAAGUAUUAAAUAAAGAUAUUUAAAAUUAAAAUUAGCUUAUAAAUAUGAGCAGUGCAACAUCAAAUAAUUUUAAAGCUAAUGGAUCAAUAGAUUAAAAUAAAUAGUCUAGUUUUUAAAAUAAAAUACUUUGUACAUAAAGCACAGAACAAGACCAAGAAGAUUAAGCCAUUUAUAUUCCCUCUGUUAACAGAUUUAACAAGAAUGGAUCAUGCUUAGACAAUAUGAACAAAUCAAAUAUUAUGAAUCAACAAAGAUCUCUUUCAUAAAAUAACUCGACUAGCAAUAUAUAAAAAUAAGUAUAAGAUUUAAAUCAAAUAAGACCUCUAGCAUCAGUAAAUAAAAAUUAGGAUUAUAUAGUCUAGGAUAAAUGUGAGGUUCAAAAGAUAAUCAUAAAAUCAGAAGCCUAAGAAAAAGAUAAUUAAGAAUAAAUACUAUAAACAGAUCUUGAAUUUAAUGAGACAUUUUAAAAAAUAAAUGAAGUUAAUUUGAUAAAUAAUGAAACACUAACAUUUGAUUUUGAAAUGAGCUCAUCUAAAAAAUAAAAUGAGUAAAAUAAUGGCUAGGAGAAGUAGACUGUUGAAAAAAUUAAUACUAAUAAAGAAGUAAAUAAAAAUAGAGGAAGAAAUAGCUCAUUAGGUUCUUUUGAAUAUAGUAAAUUCAAAUAAAAUUUAGAAGAGCAUAUUAAUAAUGAUGAUUCUACAUUUUAAAAUACGGCUUUUAAUUCUUAACUGCUUGAGCAUAGUGCAGCUAUCCCCAUUUAAAAUAAAAAUAUUUAUAAUUAACAAUCAAUAACUGAUUUUGAAAUAGCUGAAGAAUCUGAAAAAGCUGGGAUUUUCAGUUAAAAUAAAAAAAUAAAUAAGGAAGAACAAAUCUCUAAAGUUAUUGAAGAUGAUUAAAGUUAAAAAAUACUCUAAAAUAAAAGUUUAAAUAGCAGUUUUAGUGAUAGCGAAUCAGAAAAUAGAUGUUAAAGUCUAUCAACUAGAGUCUUUAAAAACAAAAACAAUAAUAAUUCUUAGUAAAUUUCUAUUAAAAAAAGUAGCACAUAGAAAUAAUUAAUUGAUGAAAAAUAACCCUAAAAGGCAGCAAACUAAAGUACAAUUAGUAAUACUUAUAAUUGUAAAAAACCUCCUAUAGAUAUAAAGGAUAAAGAAAAUAAAUGCCCAAACAGUAAUAAUUGCAACAGUGAAUAGUCUCUUAAAAUAAGCAAUCAAUCUAAACAGCCUUUUAGUGAAUAGAAAACUUAAGCUACUACAAAUAUUACAAAAGAAUAGCAUAAAUUUGUAUUAUCAAAAGAAGAAUUUAUUAGUCAAUAGGAUGGUCAUUUGAGCUUCAAACAAGGAGAAAAAAUACAAGUUCUAAAAUAAACAAAAAAUGGAUGGUGGAUUGGUAUGUGCAACAAUAAAAUUGGAUAUUUUCCAUUUAAUUUUGUAGAAGAAAUAAAAGAUUAAUAAAGUGCAUGA